GUAGAUGCUAUAGACAAAGCACGACAAACAAAAGGAACUUUAAACGUAUAAAAAUCCCCUGAGAGGACCACUCGUCAUGCUUCACAUUCCCCACACUUUUGCUAGUCCAUUUGCUUGAGCAAACGCGUUCACCAAACGCUACAACCAGAAUGGUAUAGCUGGAGCCACAUCAGCUGGUAAAUCCGUAGUCCAAACGUAUCGUAGUAUAAUUAUAGCUAACACGAGCUACGAUGAUGUUUAGCAUAGGAACUUUGACUGAAGAGACACUCUAGUUUUUAUGGUCGUGAUAAUAAGUCUUUCCGAUCUCUCCAAAUCAAACCGACAGAUACGAAAACAGUUUCGUAUGGCCACUAAGUAGCCAUUGAAAAUUGCAAACGUGUUUGUUUUAUCGAAAACUAUCCGUGGACUUCUACGAAAGAGUCAAAGACAUCGUUAGGUCACGUUUUUUCCGUCGUUUCUAGUACAAUAGUAUCUGAAAUGACAUCUGACAUAUUCAUCUGUCCAGUGACAGUAGCUGUAACUAGGGUUGCACACAUUUUCGACUUAACGAGUGGCUUUUAGAUGAAAUGCAUGCACUCUGAUUCGGUGGUCGGCAAAGGAUUAUUACGAGUGGUGUGUGUACAAGUGGUUACUGUUUUGAUUUGCUAAAGGAAAAUGAAACAGAUAAAAAGCGACGAGAAGAAAGACUUUCAGAGGAAGCUUUUCAAGUGACUCGAGAACGUGUUUACCCGCUAAACAAAGAGACACAUCAAGUGGUCCGAGUUCGAAACCGGGCGUGGACGCACCUCGUUCUGUGCCGGUAGGGCCAGCCAUCAGUGGCUGAGGUACAGCUGAAGUACGGGACGUAAAACUCAAACCAAUUAUUUAUCUCAGCGACUCUAGCGGUGUUUGAACUAGGAGAGCUGGACUCAGAGGUUUAUGAUCAGCAGUAAAUCACUUCGGGUGUUUGUAGAGCUCACACCACGCCAGAAUGAUGACGGCUCUUUUUAGUAGUCACGCUUUAUUGCCCGUCCUGGGGAUUUUCUCUUUUGCGCAUAUCCAAGUUGAUUGUGCAAUCGCCAAUAGAUAUUUCACUUCAACAUACGGUCUUCAACAUUUCAACAACGGAGCAGACGCGUACGGGUUGUUAAGAAAGUCUGUCGAGAACCGACUCUCACAACCAGGCCUAACUGAAAGCGAUCAGCUCAAUUUAAACCGUCAGAACAAAGCAAAACGAAAAUUGCCUAAGCAUCAUGUCCGGAGCUAUUCACAAAACCUUGAAAACAAAAUCAGUACAGCAUUUCCCAACGAAGGUGACGUGCAGAGAAAUUCUUCUAAUUCUCGAGUGUCUGGAGGAGUAUGGAGCUUUCACACCGAGACUCCGAACGAAGAAUCUACUGCCCCUGGGCCGUCAUUUGACAAUUCUACUGCGUCAAUUGUUACAGCAGUAAUCGGCCGUACUGCGUUUCUACCUUGCACCGUCCGAAAUCUCGGCGACAGAACCGUAUCUUGGAUCCGACGAGCGGACCUAAGCGUGCUUAGUGUGGGUCGUGAUCGGUAUAUUCAGGACCGACGGUUUCAGGUUAUGGCAUCAGCCACUGGAUUGCCCCUAUCUUCGUGGGCCCUACAACUUGCUUAUCCGAGUCCAGGCGACUCCGGCGUCUACGAAUGUCAGCUGGGCUCGGUGCCAAAAAUUAGCAGGCAUGUCACAUUGCGCGUCAUCGCUCGGACAGCUCGUAUUUGGGGCGGUCCUCAGCUUUACGUGAACAGCGGAAGUGGAGUAAACCUGACUUGUCAGCUCACCGGGGUAGCUGAACCCUCGAGACAACAAAUAGGAGUCGCGGAUACCCAUACUCAAUACCAGGCGCUUUACGCAUCUUCAUGGUCCAAUAGGACAACUGUUCAGGAUGGAGGAGUUCCUGGCUUGGAACCUUCAGUGAAGGCUUCAGUAUCCACCAGAAAAAACGGGGCGAUACUCCGGAACGCCAACUCUGUUGGUCGUGAAGAGACAGCAUCUCAUGUGUUUUGGUACCACAACGGAGAAGUUGUCAAUUACGAACAUAUGAAGAUAAAGGGCGACUCAUCCAGGGGUAUUGAUGGGGCUAGAGGUCUCGUCGAUAAUGGUAACACCACGUACGCUAAACAAGACCCAGUAGUGAUGAUGUCUGUCCUCCGGAUCCGCCACGCAAGGGCGUCUCACUCGGGAAACUAUAGCUGCGCGCCAUCGGACGCGUUACCCGCACAUAUCACCCUGCAUGUUCUGCAUGGCGAACACCCCCCGGCAGCUAUGCAGGAUCCUCAGCCAUCAGGAGCCACGAAGCUUAUUACAGCGAUCACUGGCCCUCACAGGUCGCCCUCCCUCUGGUGGAGCUGGCAACGGCCGCUCGUAGGAUUUGCCUCUCUUGCUCAUGUUGUACUCGUUUUGUACGCUGCAUCAGUUGUGACUCCGCUAUGAUGUUGCGCUUAUCCAUAAAUAUGGCAUUGCCAUCGACUCGGGUCACCAGGAAUAUCUGCCCAUCGUUGCAAUUCUGCGACAGCUUGGUUGCUGGUCAUCCUCAACCAUCAAAGUCAUCUUUCAUCUUCAUCCGUCUUAACGAUCAGCCACACUUUUGGUAGCGCGUAUUGGCACACCCAUCAUCGACGCUAUUUUGCAACGUGCGGCAGUAUGUAUAGGAUAGAUAAAUCAACUUAAAAAUGAAAUGACAGUGCACAUAGGAAAACCGUCACUCACCCAAAUUUCCUCAUAACGAAAACAUCACCUUCAAUCCUGUUUUGGAGUUAGGGUGUUCAAUCCACUAGCCGAAUGUCAAACAUUUGGUACACAACAAUGACGGAAACUGAACGGCUUGAUUUCCAAUAUACAUAUAGAGGUGAUAUAGAGUAAUUGUCGAAAUUUUACUUGCUCGAUACCCAAACAGUAUAUAUACCUAUGCAGUUUAAAUACACGACUUGGGUAACGCGCGGUUGUACGAAUGAAAUUUCAUGGGAAAAUCGAAUUUAAUGGUGCGUCUGCAUUGGCAACUACAACACUUCCUUAGAUAAAGAAUAAAGCAUGUAGAGAUGGACUGUCAUAAUACUCCGAUGAUACUACGAUUGCAGAGUUCCAGUACAAUGCCAUAACGGUAAUUUAGAAAAAUCUGCAAACGAUUGCACUUAUUUAACACGUUGUGAAAAAGAGAUAUCGAUUGUUUGCCGGAGGUUGACCUGGUACAAGAUACGAUGGCACUGAAGGCUUGUAUAUAAAAACAGCAAAAGGAAUGAAGUCAUGCUAUUGCGUAACUACGUACAUGUGUAAAUAUGACAUUUGCUAGCAAACCAUCCGUUAUACUAGAACUAAAUACCAGGAAAAUAUUCAUUUAACACCACCAUGAUGGACAUGAUGAUAAGUAAAGGAUAAUAAAGACUCAUUAACAUAUGCUGCCCACGUG